AUGGGGACUUCACCACCGGCCAAAAAUGGCCGUCCCAUCUCAGAUCAACUACUCAACCCUCCCCAGCUUUCUCAACCUCCACCACCAAAUCCGGGCAACAAACAGCAGGCGCGCAAAACGCUCGAUCCGAACAUGUCCAACCCACGCCUUCUUGUCAAUCGCGCCUGUAUCUACGAGCGCCAGCUACCUGGUGAUGCAUAUAUCACCGCACACGUCGCAAGGCUCCAACAUGGCUACUACGCCAGUAAAGCCGUCUCCGAUAAAGAUGCAGAGCAUGUUGAUUUCCUCGCUGUCAGUUUCGUCUUUCACGCUCCGCAUACGCUUGCACACCGCUUCAAGUCGGCCACCAUCAAAGCCGCCAUCCGGGGUAGCCAUGAGAUUCCAACCUCUCCUCAAUGCCCGCACGGCUAUCCUCCCAGCAACCCGCGCUUCCUUAUGCACGCACCGCACCUGAUCUACGGCCAUGUCUCUCCAGAGACCAUGGAGUGGACCUUCAGCCUGGCUGGAUCCCUGGGGAUUUCAGAGACGCCCGUCAGCGCUAGCGUGAUCCCUUCUGGCAGCACCAGCGCGCGAUACCGACGGUACGAGAUGAUGCGCAUCCAAGGCUCAGUCCGCACGCUUAAGAGCGACCGUGGUCAUCAGUACGACGUUGAGGCUGGUGAGAUCGUCUGGUCGCUGGAGGAGAACAAUUUGCAGCGUACCGGCCUGCCGCGCGAGUUCACCUUCGUCAUGCUCAUCCAGAAACCCUCCGCCAAGAGCAAGCUCACGCUGAGCCUCGAAGUCGAGCCUGUCAUCCAGGCUAUGUUGGGCAGCUACCCGGGCUGGAUUCUUGCGCUCAGUCCGUACCAGCCUCUGCCACGUCGCGGCGUCAACUUUGGCACUGAGAUCGGGCAGCGAUUUGAGCCUGCGGACUCGGCGCGUGGGUUCAAUUUUGCUGCGCUGGAGAGUUCAUUUGGUGAUUACAUCGCCAUGCCGGGACGCAAGUAUACUGGCCAGAUCGACUACCCUACCGAGACCCCAGUAGAGCCGGGCGGGAAUUACCAGACCUACCCGCCAUACGGCAACUUGGACGCUUUGCAGCAGAUGCAUUACAACGGCAUGGUUCUCCAAAACAACAUGCUUCAGUCGCAGCUAAACCAGUACCACUAUGCGCAGACUCGGGUCCAGCCCAGGAUGCAAGCGGAUACCCUCAAUGUCCACCACAACCUGGACAACGCUACUAUCUCCCUGCUAGCCGGCUUUCGCUCAUCCCCGGCUCCAGCCAUCAGUCGCGUUUUCACCGAAGCGAGUGAUUCUCAGGCUCGCAUGGCCGGUACGACCACCGCUAGUAGCGGCGGAGGCUCGCGAAUCCAGAGCUACGAGAAUAUUCGCGCCUCCAUGCUGCGCACUGUCCACCCCGAGCUCCACUCGGAUACCAUCCAGUCAUCGUCGACCGUUAGACGGGUGCAAGAGAAAGAGCGGACGGAAAAGAGUGGCUCACGGCAGCAAGUGAUGCGCAUGAAGAACCGCCCACUUUCGCCGGGGUUGAUUGCGCGGUUCGCAGAGCAGGGUCGUCUUGAAGAUGAGAGUGAUGUUUACGAGAAUGCCGAGGAGCAGUUGAGGUGA